AGCCCUCGGGAGGCCGGAGUUCCCGUACAAUUUGGAGUUCCGCGCGGAGAACUUUCACUUGUCCCAGCUAGAGCUCAAGAGGAAGACCUCCUAUGAUGUGGUACUUCUGUUGAAGAUCACUCAGUGGAUUCACAUGCUCUAUGGAGAUGUAGCAAUCCAGGAGCUUUUCUCAAAGUGCCAUCGUCUCUUGCGCUUGGGGGGCAUUCUGGUGUUGGAGGCGCAGCCUUGGCAGAAAUACUUGGAGCCGAAGCACCAACCGCCCGGGAGGCGUGGGAUGCACAACACGUUGAUCCUACGGCCUGAACGGUUUAGUGAGCUGCUGGGGCAGCAGGGCUUUGAGAAGCAGGUCUCGGUGUCUCCGAGCGGAUUGACGGAUGCCAUUCUGGUCUUCCGGAAGGUCGCACAGGUGCAGGCCGAGAGCCCUCCGUUGAUGGCCCAGGUUUUUCAGGAACAACAGUUCUUGCACCCUCGCGUGCCGAAAAAGGGCAAGGUUGUGCCUCCCAGGUUUCCCGCUUCGACACCCGAAGCGCCUUCGCAGGAGGCACCCGUGGCGCCUGUCGAACCAGCCUUGGCAGCUGCAGAGCUUGCGCCGCUGAUGGACGAAGCCGCAGUGGCACCACCGGCACCGCCCGAGGCAGAAGAUUUGGACUGAGAAAGCUGGCUUUGUGAAGGUCAGUUUAAGUGCAGAUAUAUACAGUAUAUCUUUCGUAAUUUUUCGUCCUAAGAGGGACGGAGUCAUGUUCGUUGAUCCGCAGCAACUUGGCUGAAGCUGCACCGAGAAGCUGCGGGUUUUGCAUCGAAAGUUCGGGGUCGGCCCAGCGCCCGAAAGAGCGGAACAGCCCCGGGGAUCGUCCUCGAGGGGUGCUGCCAAAGGAUUCAUCACUGGGGGGGAGGCCAGUUUUGAGAGGCCGGACGUGGCCUUGCAACGGAUCAAGUCCUUGGAGUGCCGAAAAGCUCGGCCUCGUGUCGAAGGCAAAGCGGGAAAGGAGGUGUGGCAAGAGGGACGGAGCCCCCUGCCCAUCCCCAAGCAAGGGGUAUUGGGAAGAUGCUGGAGGCUGUGGAGGGAGCACAAAGGAGGCAGAGGGAGAGGGGCCAGAGCAAGGAAGAACGCAAAACGUGGCACGACCUUCCGACUUUGCGGGGCUGGAUGCAAAGCCCACUGAGAAACUCAUUGAAUUGCCCAGCAGGAGGCGACCAGGGAAACUCGGUGACCAAUGUUGAAGCCGGGGAGUGAGGCCAAUUUGACUUCCCCCACAGUCAACACCCCAGCUCCACACCAACAGCUGCACGGGUCCUUAGACAAGAUCCUCGUCCAGGGUAGCUGGGCCGCUGCCCGGGCCGCCAGAACCUACAUGCUCGCGCGAUGUGUGCUUUUUAAGACAGCGCUGUUGCUGUUUCUGUGUGCAUUUGUUUCACAGGGCUUGUUUGUGUUGCCUCACCUGCUGGAGCGUGCUAGAGCAGCUUGGAGGAGCAUGGAAGGGGCUGUUUUAAAAGCUGGCCUGUAGAAACUUAUGUUUGCGCAAAGCCGGUUCUUCGCUCUGGCGGGGCGCUUGUGGGACAUGAGGGGCGCUCUCCUUUCUGUUGUGGGUUGGCCGAAACGGAAGUAGUGGCAUGCCUCUAAUGAAAAGUGCUCGUCCGGACAGCGUGGGGGUCUUGAAUAUGUAUACGGUUUACGUUAAUGCACUUAUUGUAAACGUUGUCAAGUUAAUGUAAAUGUAGGGUUCCAUGUUCAACCGUUGUGCAGAAGAGCCCGCGCCACAGUCAAAGCCAUUCAUUGUUGAGGCAUGUGAGGCCACUGUUUGUGAGUUAUUGCAGUUAGAAGGAGGCCAGCUAUCUUCCUUCAAAAAAAAUGGUCAGUUGUUGCAGUUCAUGUCUGGCUCGAAUUGGGUCUGUCGCAACAAUUCCCUCCUUGU